GGCUCCUUCCAUAUCGAGUGUUAAUUGCCAAUGGUUGUCGGUCUCAUUUGGUACUGUUUCCAGCGAGGACAAGCAGUUGAUUGAAAGAGAUGAAUUUCCGAUGUGUCCAGUGUGGAUAUCAUAUUAAAAUCCUAUACGUGCAAUAUUCACCAGGAAAUAUUCGCCUAAUGAAAUGUAAAAAUUGCAGAGCAGUUGCAGACGAGUACAUUGAAUGUGAGAUCAUGAUUCUUCUAAUCGAUUUGAUUCUUCACAAGGCAAAGGCAUAUAGACAUCUGUUCUACAACAUGUUUGAUCGGGAAGCUAUGAACUUUGAGGGACUGAUAUGGAAGUCGACUUUUGGGUUUCUUCUCUUGGAUGCUUACAGAAUCUCCAUUCUAAGUACAAAUGAAGAGGGUUGGGGUUCAGAUCCAAGCUUAGCUUCAUUGAGCUGGGGAUGUGGAAAGAUAUUGCUAGACACCUUUCUUGGAAAUCUUUCGUUUAUCGGUAUAUUACUUCUUGGAACAAGAUCUUUGUUGAAUAUGCCUGUUGAAGUCUCCGGGUACAAAAACAUAUUGCUCGCCAUACUUGCCUCAAGCUACUUGAAAAUGUUUCUUAUUGCAAUGAUGGUGUGGGAAUUUCCUUCUUCGGUGAUUUUCAUAAUUGAUAUAUUUGUCUUGUCAUCCAACACGUUGGCUUUAAAAGUGAUGAGCGAGGAGUCAGCGAUGGCUAAAUGCUUUGGUGUUUGCUUCUGUGCACAUGUUGUUAAGUUCCUCAUCAGCUUAGCACUCAACAUUCACCUUCCAAAACUAAUCACGAGAAUGCUCACGCUCUAAAUCAUCCGAGAUAACAGGUUCACACGACCGACUCCGAGAAUAUAUAUAUAUAUAUAUAUAUAUAUAUAUUCAUGGAUACAGGGGUGUGUGUCUCUGUAUGUGUGUGUGUAUGUUGUACAUUUUUCUUUUUGUUAUUUUCAUCUAGUCUUGUUUCAUAGCAGCAGUUGUUUAUUUGUGCACAUUGGAAACAGCUUCCUUUUUUAUGUUUGGAAAUCUUAGUGCGCAUUUAUUUUACUA